UUUCUCUCUCUCUCUCUCUCCUUUUUCCGGGUGCUGCUGCCCUCCGAGAUCUUCCCGCCGAGCCCAGGCGCGGGGCAUGAAGAGCCCCUGGGUAUCGCCUGCAGACAACCCGACCGCGCGCACACCUCGCCAGCCGUUGACGGGGACAUGAGCGGCAUGAUCGGUCUCUGGUGCCCGGGCGCCAGCCUUAGCCGGAGGCGGCCAGUGGGUCUGCGCUGCCUGGGAGAAUGAGGCAGGAACCCACCUCUCUCUCCUCCUCGCCUUCCUCCAGCUCCCGCGCCCCGGGCCCGGGCCGGGCUGUGGCUCUACUGCGUGCCCUGCGCGCCCCCCACCUGCCUCCGGAUGCUCUUCUCGGUUAGCCUGGCGAGGAAGAUAAAGACAUUUGCGACCAAGAUGGUAAUCACGAGUGGAAAUGAUGAAGACCGGGGAGGCCAAGAGAAAGAGAGCAAAGAAGAGAGCGUGCUGGCCAUGCUGGGCAUCAUUGGGACCAUCCUGAACCUGAUCGUCAUCAUCUUUGUGUACAUAUACACCACUCUAUGAAAGGCCCCACGUAUCCUGGGCGGCAUCAGGAUGGCCACGAGACAAGGCUCCUGUGCGUCCAUAGAUUGGUAAGCACACACCUCGGGGGGCCAGUAGGUUUGCGUACCACGCACUGCUCCAUCAAUGCACCUUCAAACUUUCUCAUGGGUCAACAAAUGAACCCACCCUUCUGUGAGGAGCAGACACUCUGAAGCACAAUGAAUCCAAUGAAAUUUAUUCAGGCCACAAGGAACUCAGUGUCUCUGGCAAGGGACCUGGCCGGAUGCUGGAAUGACCAGCCUUUGGCCCUAGUGGUGAGGAAAUGCCUCGUCCUGGAGUGCUGACCACACCCCACCCUGGAAAAGAGGACGACUGUGGCACACGCAGCUCAGCUGCCCACCUCCCAGGACGAGCGGGAUAAGCUCUAGGUGGGGCUCACUGGCAGGCAUCCCAUUUAUCAAAUGUUUCCAGCUAUUUGAUACGGGAGAUUACUUAUUUUUCCUUUUUCAUUGGCUUGAUGUGUGUACCUGUUCAUAUCAAGGUUUAUAAAUAUAUAUUUUUAAUAAAUGUGCUCUAUUUUUUAGCAUGAACCAAAUAUUUGGAGAAGCGCUUCUGGAUCCAUAGCUCUUCUUGGUUUUAAUCGCUUUGCUCUAUCAACUGCAGGACAUCUUUUUCCAUAGCCGUCCCAUGGUCUCAGCUCAUCUCAACUCUUUUCCCUUCAUGCUCUUCCCCUUCCCCACUUCUGUCCCUCCUCUCUUUUUCCUUCCACCCCUUCCUUCCCAGUCUCUAGUUCUCCUCUCCUCCCUCUUUCAUUCUCUCCUUUCCUUUGCUCUCAUUCUUCUCCCCCUCCCCCUCUACUCUCUUUUCUCCUCACCUUUCUCCUCUCCUCUCCCUUUCUCCUCUCCUCAGGGCUGGACUAGAGGACAUUUUUUUCCGUAAUGCCAGCCGCGCUCUUGGCUGGUGCAUGAUUCAAGAUUGUCGAGUGGCUUUUUGUUGUUCCGUCAGAGAUGUGAAUGGAUUGUGGGCAUGCAGACCUUAGAUGCGCCCUGCCCUUGCUGACAAUUAUGCAUGAACAAGGGCCAAGGGCAGAUCAGCUUUCAACCUGUUUUCAAAGGACUACUACUGAGGAAGAUGAGUGUGUCCCUGCCUGCAGGUCACCCGUGAGAUGGAGCACCAGCUCACUGGCAGCGUUGCUCAUUCACUCCUGUAACCACGUUUAUCAGAUUUUUCUUUCUUUCUUUCUUUCUUUCUUUCUUUCUUUCUUUCUUUCUUUCUUUCUUUCUUUAUUUAUUUAUUUAUUUAUUUAUUUAUUUAUUUUGUGUGUGACCGUGAGCAAUGGGAACGGGGCAAGCUCAAUGUGCAGAGUGCCAUCCUUUCCUUGGUGAGACGCCUAGGGGUGGGGGGUCUCUUCGGAAGCCAGUGGGAUGUGAACGGUGUGAAACCCCCCCCCACUGCAAGAGUGUGCACACAGUCAGUUCCUGCUGUAAAGACACUGCUGUGACAAGUGACCCUUCAAGGGCAUUGGAAGGGGGCUUAAUGAUCUCUGUAAAGGACCCCUGCACAUUUUAAAGCUGGUUUCCACCCACUCAGAGCUGUUUCCUCUCUGACGGGAUGCUUGGAUAGCUACAAACUUCCCCUGCUCCCUGGCUCCCUAACAUAGCUCCAGCCUGGCUGCAGCGGACGGCUCAUUCUGAUAUGAGCAGAAAUGGCAGCAGCCUGCCCCAUUGGAUUCAGAUGACACUGAGGGGGGAGAUCUGCCUGCCCCCUUCCUUAAAUGUCAUCAUGAAGGAGUCAUUUCUUGGGCUCCACUAAGGGACCAGUCUUUUUUUUUUUUUUAAUAAAUCAAAUACCCAUGAGCACCUGGCUUUGGCCAGAGAUGUCUCCUCUUCCCCACCAAAGAAAUGACACUUCGCAUACAAGUCGUGGGGCCCUCUUAGCAGCCAAUGAGAGGGAGAGUCUCCCACCUGUGCCAUAAAAGAAGGAAGGACAGUUCAGACCAGGAAUCUUCCUGGAGAUGACCUGGCACCCAGUGAAGUCAUGUUCUAGCCCCAGCCUGUCCGGUUCCUUAUCCCAGGGAGGGCCUGGAUGCUGCUUGGGAAGGAGGAAGGUGACCAUGGCAGGAGAGCCUGUCCUUUUGCUGAGAGCCGCCUCUGCACACCUCGCUCCCCCUCCCCCACACCAGGAAACAACCUAAGAACUCCCUGGACGCUGGCAGAAUAUGGCACAAAUAAAGAUGGGAGAGAGGGCGGUUAGAAAUAUGAGAGACAUCUGCGGGCGGGCGCUACCUACCAGGCUGUGUGAUUCUGGAAAAACUGUAAUUCUGGACAGUGAACUGAGCGAACAAUAAAGGUGCAAUGGGGAGAAAAAAAAAACUAUAGGUGUCAUCAACUUCCUUGUGAGCCUGCGUGUAUUUACUUUAUUGAAUAAAACUUGACCA